AUGGCCAACUGCUUUCAACCCCAGAAGAACAGCUCGAAAGAUGGGUCAGAGUGCUACACUUUGUCAGAGAUCAGCUGUUCUUCUCUGGUCUCAGCUCUGGAGUCCGACCCCUCCGAUCUGAAACAUCUGGACCUGAGUAACAACAACCUGCUGGAUUCAGAUGUGAAGCAGCUGCGUCUCAAACAGUUCGGCCUGACCAAUAAGACCAUCCUGAACUUUUAUCGGGGGACGGUGGAGAGCCUGCUGACCAGCAGCUUCACCAGCUGGUACGGGAGCUGCACCGACAGAGAUCAUAGAGCUCUCAGGAGGGUGGUGCGCUCAGCCGAGCAUCACUGGCUGUCAGUUCCUACACUGGAGGAACUGUUGAAUAACUGCAGGUUGUCAGAGAUCAGCUGUUCUUCUCUGGUCUCAGCUCUGAAGUCCAACCCCUCCCACCUGAAACAUCUGGACCUGAGUGUCAACAACCUGCAGGAUUCAGGAGUGAAACAUCUGAGUGGAUUUCUGGAGAGUCCAGACUGCAGACUGGAGACUCUGGAGUUGGUGAACUGCAGUUUGUCAGAGAUCAGCUGUUCUUCUCUGGUCUCAGCUCUGAAGUCCAACCCCUCCCAUCUGAAUCUUCUGGACCUGAGUGUGAACGACCUGCAGGAUUCAGGAGUGGAACAUCUGUGUGGAUUUCUGGAGAGUCCAGACUGCAGACUGGAGACUCUGAGGUUGGUGAACUGCAGUUUGUCAGAGAUCAGCUGUUCUUCUCUGGUCUCAGCUCUGAAGUCCAACCCCUCCCAUCUGAAUCUUCUGGACCUGAGUGUGAACGACCUGCAGGAUUCAGGAGUGGAACAUCUGUGUGGAUUUCUGGAGAGUCCAGACUGCAGACUGGAGACUCUGAGAUUGAAGACCUGCAGGUUGUCAUGGAUCAGCUGUUCUUCUCUGGCCUCAGCUCUGAAGUCCAACCCCUCCCAUCUGAAACAUCUGGACCUGAGUCUGAACAAGAUCCUGCAGGAUUCAGGAGUGGAACAUCUGUGUGGAUUUCUGGAGAGUCCAGACUGCAGACUGGAG